UUGGCUGGUCCUACUUGAAUUGAGUGUCCGUCCCUGUGAUUGGUAGAAAGACCUUCGGAAGAGCUGCGCCGCUAAAAUUCGAAUUUGAACAGGAGUUGUUUUGUACAAGAGGUAAGAGAAGACCAGUCGGUAGAGUCGCCGCUCGCUUCCUUUCAAGCUCUCUUUUUGGACAUUUUAAUGUACUUGAGCUUUUAGAAAUCUACAAGCCACAACACAUUAGUGCCAGAAUGGAUCCUUUUACGGAGAAACUCUUGGAGCGGACACGGGCUCGAAGAGAGAACCUCCAGAAGAAGAUGGCGGCCAGACCAAAUGCAGCAGAGCGACAGCUCGUCAAAAGACCCAGGGAGCCUCUGACUGAUACAAACGGUGUGAUGAUUAAGACGGUGAUUGAGGAAGUGACUCCGACAUCCUUGAAACCUUCUCCGUCCAAGCGCAGAUGCUCAACGGAAAAUACCGAGCCGGUCGAGGCAGAAAAGAGUCAAACGCAACCUCCGGCUCCUGUUCAGCCAGAUCCCCUAACAGACAAGAAGCCCCCUGUUGUCCCUGUAAGCGUCCCACCGACAUCUUGGACCGGGGAAGCCCGACCGCCCGCUCAGCGGGUAGAGUUGAAAAUGCUUCUGCCAGCAUCAGAGAAGAUCGCUGCGGCUGCGCCUUCCAAAAUGCAAACGUCCGGGGUUGUUGACGUGGCUCCGGUUGCAAUGAAGAGCGUCGAAGACCCUGUGGAAGGUUCACCUGCCGCUGCCGCCAACACCACCGAUGUGAAGUCGCGUCUACAGAGGCUUGCCCAACAGAGGAAAUGCUGGGAUGGCAUCGACGAGAGUGCGGAAGACUCCACGCCUCCGCGUCUGUUGAGAGAAAAUGUCGCGACAAGUUCCGGCCCCGCCGCCGUGCCCUCGGAAACGUCAGUCGGGCGGAGAGGAAAACUGGCCGUCCUUGCUGCCACCAUUGGAACUUGGGAAGACGACUUAAGCCAUGUCAGCCUUUCAAAAGAGAAAAAGUCUGUUGCAGCUUUUACUCCCAAGUCAGCCUGCAGGAAUGCGCAUUUGUCUGCCUCCACGUAUUCAUCAAAUGAGCCAAGGCCCCAGAAAGCCUUCAUCCAGGCGGCGGCCGCGCCGCUCGAGUCCCGCGAGAAGACUGAAAGUCCCGCGACCGUAGCGACGCCUCAUUCGGUAACGAGGCCUCGGAAAGCAGCGGAGUCGCCGUCGAGCUCUCUGAAAAGCGCUGCCGUUGCCAAUGUUUUCACACCACAGCUCUCUGCCAAAGCAACUUUUGCAAAGAACACCGCCGCGGCUAGUCCCGGGCCGAAAGGCGUCCAGGUCAAGUCCUUCCUGGACCGAUUUGGCGAGCGAUGCCAGGAGCGUACAAACUCGCCGACGGAGCGAAGCACCCAGCCGGCCACACCAAACAGUAGACUUGUGCAAAACAGGUUCAUGGCUGCCCAAGCGGCACAAACGACCACAGCUGAUCUCGCCCACAAACAAAAACUGGAGCGCGAGUCUGAACUGGCUCAGAUUCGGAGUCGGCCCCAGGGCAAUAAUUUGUGGAAAAGCAGAGAUGCUGGCUCAGAAAGCAAGAAAAGAACAGACCUCAAGGAAAGUCUUGACAAAUGUGUGGAUGGCAACAUGGCCUUGUUUGAGCAAAAAGAUGAGCCCAAAGCACCUUUUCCUGAAGCUACAAAAAGCCCUGAAAAAGGCGCAACUCUAGGCAGCGGCUUCUUCAAUUGUCCCCCGGCAUCCGCGUCGAGUCCGAUGAGACAUGAGGACAAAAUGGCCGACGCGUCAAAAGAUGAAGAGAACGCCGAAGACGGGGAAAUCGAAUUGUGUGUCGACGGUUCCGUCGACUCUGCCGUUAUCGACGAUCUGUUCCAAGGAGUUUUGGAGGAGCAGGAUCAAGAGGCGGAGGAUGCCUUGAACAUCUCUUCCAUGUCCCUUCUCACACCACUGGCAGAGACCGUGGCUGCUGCCGUGGUCAAGAGUCCGGAGACAAUGAUGACAUCAACUCCAGCGGGUUCAUUCAUCAUGAACAAUAGCAGUCUAGAUGAAGCCUGCCAACCUCCGUUCCAGAGAGCAAGUAUAAGGAGUGCCACUUCUGACAGUAUCCAUGUCACAGAUGACCAUCCCAAAUUACCAUACAGUGUUGACGCUUAUAGGUCCACUCGAGUCAAGGAGUCGGAGAAAGCCAACGCUAAGGGGAAGACGGCGAAAAAAGAGCUUUCCCACAGAGCAGAGGAACUGGGAGGCUCCAGCUUGUCUAGCGUCAAACAAAAGUUGAAGAUUCUCACAAAUGAGAUGAACCUGCAGCAAACAGUCAUCCACCAGGCCAGCCAGGCUCUCAACUGUUGCACAGAUGAAGAACACGGGAAAGGCUCUCAGGUGGAGGCUGAAGCAGAGAGGCUGUUGCUGGUCGCAACUGAAAAGAGAGAGGCACUCAAGACAGAGCUGCAGCAGCUGAAGGGCGAGAAAAGAACCCCAGUGGCCUCUAAAGCCACCGGCAUCUCCGCCUCCAAGGGCUCCGUCUGUCUCCAGGACUUGCGCUUGCCUCUUAAGGCAGACUUUGUUUGUUCUUCUGCCAACAAGCCAGAAUCAACGAAACAUUCUUUCUUCAUCCUGAUUCGGGCCGGAGCUGAAAACACAGUGGCCACUCCCCUGGCAAGCACGCACUGUGGGCUCACUGGGGACACCCUAACCUUCCCCACAAAGUUGACCUUAUCUGAUGUCUCCAGUGAGUUUGCCAUUGAUAUCCAAGUGUAUUGUCUGAUUCAAAAGUGUGAAAUGAGCAGUGACAAGAAGAAGAAAGCCAGCAAGUCCAAGGCCAUCACUCCAAAGAGAUUUCUUGCUAUCACGAAAAGCAGCCAGACACCAGUUCUUGCAAGUCCAGGCGGCCCGAGCGCUGUUCGUACCAGUAACUUUGUCCUGGUUGGACAUCACAAGCUCACUCUUUCUUCAAUUGGGGAGAACAAGUUUCAUUUGGAGAAGGUCCCAUUCUUGUGUCCUCUGGAGGGCCACGUCUACCUCAGGAUGUUGUGCCAAGUCAACUCAAAGGUGGAAGAACGAGGUUUUCUGACUAUGUUUGAAGACGUCAGCGGCUUUGGAGCCUGGCGUCGGAGAUGGUGCGUCUUAUCGGGAUAUUGUAUCUCCUACUGGACUUACCCCGAUGAUGAAAAGCGAAAGAAUCCCAUUGGCCGCAUCAACCUCGCCAAGUGCAUCAGUAACAGGGUGGAAGCGGCCAAGCGAGAAUUUUGCGCCAGGCCCAACACAUUGGAGCUCGUCACAGUUCGAGCGCAGAGAGAGGACGACAAAGAGACGCUCGUCAGUCAAUGCAGCAACUCCAUGUGUGUUACCAAAAACUGGCUGAGCGCAGACACAAAGGAUGAGAGGAGUUUGUGGCUGCACAAGCUGAACCAGAUUUUGGUGGACUUGCGCCUGUGGCAACCAGGUGGCUCUUCCAAACCUCUCUAAACCCAAAACACAAGCUCUCGCUCUGUAAGUUUUAGCAAUACGCCAUUACUAAGUGCAAUACAUAUUGUUUGGAGGCUUAUGCGUAAAUAUCAAGUCAUCAACAUGAGAAGCCAGCAUAUUUACCUGUAAAAAAAUCAUUACCAUGGCUGCACCAAAUUAAUAUCAUUACUGGUAAUCAUCAAACUAUUGAUCAGAGAUGGCUUUGUGUCGCUUCAUUUCUUUUUUUAAGCUUUUUUUUUCCCUAGCACAUCAGGUUGUUGUUGUUUUUUCGGGUUUUUUGCGAUUAUUAUCAUUUUAAGCUGCACUCUGAAUAUUUCGAAUGACACCUGCAGCUGGAAAAUGAAAUGGGAUUUGAACAUUCCUUUAUUUGUGGGCAAGGUUUUCCUCUUUUCUUUAGCCUUCUGCCUCUGAAGGCGUCGCUUGUGACAUGUGGAAUCCUUAAUGGCAAUCGAAUCGCUUCUGUUGGCGACUCUGAGACAACGCGCGGGAUCUCACAGCCGCUGAAAUCCCCAACCGUUUGCAGUAUGAAACUUUGCCAUUGUGAACAGCCAGUGUUAAUCUGCUAUUUCUAAGAUGUCCAAAUAAAAGGGCUUUUUUUAAACAAAGAGUGCAGUUUUGAGACCUAGAAAAGCUUGUGCGAUAGCAUUUUUACCAUGCGCUGUCUUCCCAGCAAAAAAAUCUGUGUUGCUGAACCUAACCCUUAAACUAUUAUUAUAUAUGACAUGUUAUUCUUAUACUAUUAUUAUAAUAAUUAUUGUUGUUCUUAUGAAAACCUGAUGUGGUUACAGAGAAAUGAAGGUAAAUUUGGAACCGGCGGCACAAAAAAAUGAUGUAGAAAAUUUGACUUGCAUUU